GAUCCAGAAGUAGUGAAAAUUGCAGAGAAGCCCUCCCAGGCCGGUCUGUGGAACACGUGAUCAGGCGUCAACUAAAGAACCACAGGCUGAAAGUAGUAUCGCCAACUUCGGACAGAUAAGCAGCGGAGGCGCGCAGUGAAGGAUCAUGUCCCCUGCUCCAAAAGAUGUGUUGGGCUACAAACCCCCGGAUGGGGGUUGGGGUUGGAUGGUGGUGUUCGGGGCCCAUAUUUCCAUUGGAUUUGCUUACUCAACACCCAAAGCCCUUUCCAUUUUCUUCAAGGAGAUCCAAAUGGACUUAGGGGCCAGCUACAGUGAAAUAGCCUGGAUUUCCUCCAUCAUGUUAGCAGUCAUGUAUGCAGGAGGACCAGUGAGCAGUGUGUUGGUCACUCGCUUUGGAAGCCGACCAAUAGUCAUGACAGGCGGAUUGAUGUGCGGAGUUUCUAUGGCAACUGCUUCUUUUGGGAGCUCCAUCAUUUAUCUCUACUUUUGUAUUGGUAUCAUUGGAGGUUGUGGACUCUCCUUAAACCUGAAUGCAUCUCUCACCAUCAUCAGCAAAUAUUUUCUAGUCAAGCGUCCUCUAGCCAAUGGACUGGCCAUGGCUGGGAGUCCAGUGUUUCUCUGUUUCCUGGCCCCUGUUAACCAAUAUCUACUGGCUAGAUUUGGUUGGAGAGGAAGUCUGCUUAUCCUUGGAGGUAUGAUGCUCAACUGUUGUGUUGCUGGGGCCCUGAUGAGGCCUGUUACUCCACCUGAUAAGUGGACUGCUUUUGCUCCGCAGACAAAAGUGGAACAACCAAAUGAGCAUAACACGAAGAUAAAACGAAACUUUGGGAGGAACGCAAAGAAGUUCUUGGAUUUGUCUUUUUUUAAAGACAGAGGAUUUGUCAUUUACCUCAUAGGAAAUGUGAUGUUCAUCUUUGGUGCCUAUGCGCCCAUUGUGUUCCUCUCAGCGUAUGCCAUUAACCAAGGCGUAGAGAAGUAUUCUGCGGCCUAUCUCCUCUCUAUUAUGGGCUUUGUUGACAUGUUUAUUCGACCUGCAACCGGCUUGAUUGCCAACAGCAAGUGGAUUAGGCCCAGAAUCCAGUACUUCUUCAGCUUUGCCAUGGUUUUCAAUGGUACAUGCCACUUACUGUGUCCUCUGAUCAAGAGCUACGCCUUCCUGGUGGUCUAUGCUGCAUUUUUCGGCAUAGGUUUUGGCAUGGUUUUCGCCCUAAUAUUCGAAUGCCUCAUGGACCUGAUGGGAAGUCAGCGCUUCCCCAGUGCUGUUGGACUGGUCACCAUUGUGGAGUGCUUCCCCAUGCUGCUGGGACCACCUGCUGCAGGGUUACUAGUGGACGUCUUCGGUGACUACAAGUACCUUUUCUUCAUGUGUGGCUCAGUGAUCGUGACUGGUGGCCUCUUUCUCUUUGUCAUGAACAUCUACAACUACCACAUGCUGGAUAAGGAGAAGGCAGCAAAAAACAACGAGCAGGGCCAAAAAGACACAGAGAACCAGGACCAGGCCAAAACCUCGGAGGUAGAAAUGGAACAAACUGAGAGGAAUGGAGCCCAGCAAGAUGUGGAGAACGCAGAAACAGUUGAAAUAUGACUGGUCUAUUUAGCAUGAAUGUUAUGGGAACUAACUUGUAGGUGUGUUUGUGGAUGUUAAUGCAGUGUAUUUGUAGCUUGGUGCUUACAGUCAUUUUUAAUUCAGUGUUUUUUCCUUUCAGUUAGCAAUCAUUUUUAUAUUUAAUUAAAGGUAGAGUCAGCAAUACUAAUUCUGCAUGUGUGUAUUCAAGCUCAGAACAGGACAAGAUGAAGGUGAUGAGGAGAUGGAAGGAGAUGGGAUAAUGGGAGUGAAACAGUCUCUGUUCAGAUUGGCAGACUUCACCUUUAUUGUCAAGUCAUCUAACCAGCAAAAACACUCUGCAGCCAUACUAGCUUUUUUGUAGCUUUUGUCUUGUUAACAUGCUGACAAUAACUAUUCUAAACAUGCAGAUGUUUAAGAGGAAUAUAUAUAUAUAUAUAUAUAUAUAAUAUAU